UGGGAGUUCCGUAUUUGAGAUUUUUUAUUGUCCACGCCUUGCGUGUAGCAUUUACCUGCAAGUUUUCUUGAAGUGAAUCGUUUUUUGUUUUCUAAAGUUCGGGAGUUUUGCUCUUCAUCACUGGUGAUGGCGACCGCCUCAGGAUCUGCGCCUCUUCAUCCCUACUGGCCCAGGGAUGUCCAGAUUCCCACUUAUGUGGCCAAUGACCGUAGCAUGGCAGAGAUCCUGACAUUUCUCUUCUCUGUGUCUGCGCUUUUUCUCCUUGUGACCUGGAUGAUUACCGGCCAGCUGGGCACUCUGAGGCGUCUGGCCGUGUGCUGGUUUGCCGUUUGUGGUUUCAUCCAUAGUGUCAUCGAGGGCUGGUUCUGUCUCUACUAUGAUGUUAUUCCAGGGGACCAGAGUUUCUUGUCACAGUUGUGGAAAGAGUACUCUAAAGGGGACAGUCGAUAUGUCAUAGGUGACAACUUUACUGUCUGUAUGGAGACAGUGACUGCGUGUUUUUGGGGACCAUUCAGCUUUUGGGCUGUGUUUGCCUUCAUAACUAACAAGCCCUACAGAUUUGUCCUGCAGCUCAUACUUUCGCUCGGCCAGCUGUAUGGAGAUGUGCUGUACAUGUUCACUGAACACAGAGAGAAUUACGUUCACAGUGAGCUGGGACACCCCAUCUACUUUUGGUUCUACUUUGUGUUUAUGAACUCCCUGUGGAUCAUCGUGCCAUUGGUGCUCAUUGUGGAUGCCUGGAGACAGUUGUCUGCUGCACAGAAACAUUCGGAUGGGAGAAAGCCUCAAAAAUCCAAGAAAAAAUAAGAUAUGCAGAGAAAGCACACCAAAGACUACAUUUUGGAUUGAAAUGUUCUGAUUGAAAUUAAGAAAAUAUUUGGGACAAUCUGAGUCCUUUGGGUUUUAAAUAAAGACUUUCACUCGUGUCAUCA